AUGGAUCCCCCUUCUUCGCCGUUUCAUCUUCCGACAUCACUCGAGCCCUGCAGAAUAGAUGCGCUGCCACCAGCGGCGUACUACAUCGCGGACUUCAUCAGCGAGGAAGAAGAAGAAGCCAUUCUCCACAAGGUUGAAACCGCACCCAAGGCAAGAUGGAGACAACUCACGCACCGCCGGCUGCAAACGUGGCCGUCAGAUCUUGUGAAAGACACACUGCUCGAUUCCCGGCCGCUGCCCGACUGGCUUGAAACCCCCAUCGUCUCUCGCAUCCUCUCGCUUCCAGUCGCAGACGGCGAGCCGAAUAUGUUUGCCGAUAGCCCGCAUGGCCGGCCGAACCAUGUUCUCGUCAAUGAAUACCCCCCAAACACGGGCAUCAUGCCGCACAAGGACGGCAGUGCCUACUAUCCCGUGGUGUGCACUGUGAGUCUCGGCUCGAGCCUCUGCCUCAACCUGUACAAAAGUAAGGAGGAUGGUGCUUUGGACCCCGAGCCAGUCUGGAGAAUUUUGCAAGAGCCGCGCAGUCUUUUGAUUACAACGGCGGAUCUCUACUCGGAGUACCUCCACGGAAUCGAGCCGAUCUCGGCCGAUGUAGACAUUUCGGAGCAGACCAUCGCGAACUGGAGCCUCUUGCGUUCGUCGGUCUUCCGAGAUGGGCUCAAUCAGCGACAGACGCGCACCAGUCUCACAUACCGCGAUGUGCUGAAGGUCUCAAAGCUUGGAAACAAGCUCGGGUCUAGAUUUGGGCGCUCUUGA